AGCGUGCUUCACCAACCGGCUACCUGCUCCCCUUGCGAGGUCGAGACCUCGUCAACGCCGUCCGCGUAUUGGCUUAGUCGAGGAAGCACAGCGCGCCUCACAUCAGGCUCUAGUCGCACAUUGAAUUUUUUUGGUUUGUUCUGAAAGCAAGCGUUUCACUGCUUCCGCCUGCGAGCAUCGCUGACGUUGUUUGCGCCUGACGCCGUCUUGCUCUUCUCGGUUCGGGACCUCGCGAGUGCAGGCCCCCAUCGUACUGCGUUCGUCACGCAGGCGCAUACAUCUUAAGUUUUGUGCACAGACAUACACACGCCCACACACGCCCCUUCCCUAAUAAAGCGAGCGCAUUGCUGUGCAGUCUAUCACGCUUUAACAGACAUUGUUAUUCUUUUUCCCCUUUUCGGUUCUUCUCGUUUCUUUCCUCCCUUUUUAAAGCAGCUCCAUGGAGUCCCACAACUCCUCGUGGGGGACGAGCCCGGCGGCGGACAGCCCGACCACUGCUCACUCCUCCCGCGUUGCGAGGACGCACCCGCAAAUCAAGAUUGAGCCGAACUGUCUCGUCUUCCCCCCUCCACACUUCGGCCGCUGCGUUCAGAACGCGAUCUCUCUGUAUAACGUCUCGAAGAAGCCGUGUGUGUUCAAGAUGCGGAGCCAAAACCCGGAGCGGUACGUCGCGAAGCCCCACGUCGCCGUGGUGGCCCCGGAGUCCGCCGCGCGCAUCUUCGUGACGCUGCGGGACAUGAACACGCUGGGCACGAAGAAUUUGCCGGAGGACACGCACGACCGCUUCCGCAUCUCCAUCAAGCUCUACGACCCGUCCUCGGUGGACGCCUCCCUCUCAGCAAAGGAGCUGUGGAACGUGCUGCAGGAGCGCGGUGCCAGGGUGGACCACGAGCAGGAUCUCGUCUCCUUCUUUACGAAGAGAGACACGCCGGUGGGCGGCCUCGUGACCUUCUUUCCACCCACCUACAUCCCGGUGACACCGUCGCAGCACCAAAAGGGCGAUGCCGCGGUAGCCGGAGUGGCGAGCGGGGCACCGACACCGCCGUCCGCGGGCGGCAACGCGGUGAACGGCGGAGACGCCGCGACCGCGAAGAAGAACGCAUCGCCCCCUUCGUCGGCGACUGGGGCUGCGGCAAGGGCAGCGGCAGCGGCAGGGAGUAAGAAGACUCCUGUUGGUGCGGCUUCCGGAAAAGGUGAGGGGCGGGGUGGGGGCACCUCAGGGGAGGUAGGCAAAACAAAGCAGGGCGGAGGGGCUAACAAGAUGCCAGCGCUGUGGGUUGGCAUUGCCGUGGCGGCGAUGGUGGUCGUGGCGCUGGCGGUAGUGGUCGGCGUCACACUGCGCGGACGCGGUCGCGGCGGUGGCAGCAACGGCCGGGAUGCUGCUGCGCGGUCACGGAAGACGGAUGCGGCUCUGAGCCAUGAAGCGCAAGCACGCUUGCAGGAGGAGGCGGAAGAGGCCAUCCGUGUUCACGCUGCGCAAGAAGCGGCGCGUCUUCGUGUCCAGCAAGAAGAAGCAGCUGCUGCGGAACAGGCGCGUGCGUGGCAGCAGGAGCAAGAGAAAGCUGCAGAGGCAGCGCGGGCGCAACGUGAACAGCAGGAAGCCGAGGUGCGUGCCCGAGAAGCAGCGGAGGCGGAGCAGGCUCGUUUACAACAGGAGGAGUUAGCCCAGGCGCAGGAGCAGCAGCGGCGACGAGAGGCAGAAGAGGCCCGUCUGGCCCAGGAAGCAGCAGAAGAAGCGGAACGUGUCCGUGUAGCUCAGGAAGCAGCAGCAGAAGAAGCGGCUCGCACACAGCAGCAGCAGCAGCAGCAGGAUGCGGCACAGGCACAGCAGCAAGCAGAGGUUGGCGAAGCGGCUGAUAUGCACUAUGAACAGGCGCAACAAGAGGAGCACGUCUCCGUGGAGACGCAGCGGGAGCCCGCGGAAGCGUAG